CCUCCAACGCAGAUAAGAUUUUGUGCUGAAAAGGCUUGGAAGGAAACUCGCAUGGCAGCUUGGGGUUUAUAAGUUCUAGGGUUUAUACGGCGGUUCCAUCUCCUCCUUCGUUUUCAAUUCUACUUUCCGCACCGAUGGACACUUCUCUCAGAUAUGCCGGAGACUCCAGAGCCCUAAGAAUCCACGCCAAGGAGAAGAUUCCUCUCAACUCCAACACUUUCUUGGAGGUUCGUGGUGAGCUAGAUACAAGAAUUGGUGAACCGAGUCUACUCGCUGCUUCCGUGAGAAAAUUUUACCCCGAUUUGUUCUCAAGCGUCGGUUUCGGGGUGAAAUAUGACAAAUAUAAGAAACUCCAUUAUCUUGCUCGUGGGAAAAUGUCUCUUCCUGUGGCAAACGAUGGUUUGUUGAAAUUUACUAUUAAAGGGCAAUCUCAUCUUGAAAGUAAUUUUAAGCAGCACAAAGGAGCUGCUGAAUUUUCUUUGGGUGUAUUAAAUUUUCUAAGAGAGCAAGAUUCUUCGGGUGCAUUAGAUUUUGAAAGGGUGCAAGAUAUAAGAGUCAAAGUAGGAUAUGAAGUGUUCGAAAAGACACCAUACAUUCAGAUCAGGGAAAAUAAUUGGACACUGAAUGCAGACCUCAAGGGUAGAUGGAAUGUCAGAUUCGACCUGUGAGAAGCUUUGGUUGAACUUCCUUCACAAAUACAGUUUCAGCUGCUGAAUUCCUCUCUGAGAUAUGUACUUAACCAUCAAAUCUAUUGUUUUUAUUCUAAUUUGCAUUGUCUCAACAAUAUUCUGAAGAAUUUUAGUGUAUUUAUCAUUCCAUUUUAGAAAAUUUUGAU